CGGCUGCUGAGCCGCUCCCGGCAGGGCUACGUAACAAUCGCAAGAAGGCAAUGGACAGUCAAGUGAGAAUGAAGAGGCUUUCCAGACUCAAAGAACUGAGCAAGAAGAACAGAUGUUGCCGAGAAGAGGGGAAAUGUUGAUUUCUCAGUAUAAUGAGAAAGGACCAACUGCUGUGAAUCAUCACACAGCAGAGAGGCAUUUGGGAAAUACUGUAGCAAAGAAAAUGGAUAAUACCGUUCCUUGUGCAGAAGCUUCCCAGAAUCUUGCCAAAAUCACAGUCCGCAAGCGAAUCCGCAAAUCUCCGUGUCCGAGGACAUGCAAUGAGUGUGGGAAAACCUUUGCCCAGGCUUCAAACCUUUUGGCACAUAAAAGAAUCCACACAGGUGAGAAGCCAUAUAAAUGUUCACAUUGUGGGAAAAGCUUCACAGAAAGGUCCAACCGCAACAGGCAUCAGAGAACCCAUUCAGGAGAGAAACCGUAUCCGUGUGCGGACUGUGGGAAAAGCUUCAGUUUUAGAUCAGACCUCAUUAGGCAUGGGAUUACCCAUACAGGAGAGAGACCAUACAAAUGUUCAGACUGUGGGAAAAGCUUCAGCCAUGCCUCAACUCUAAUCAGGCAUGAGAAUAUCCAUACAGGAGAGAAACCUUAUUCCUGUACAGACUGUGGGAAAAGCUUCACCCAGAGUUCAUCUCUUUUAGCGCACAAAAGGCUGCACACAGGGGAGACACCAUUCAUAUGCCCUGUGUGCGGAGAGAGUUUCAACUGGAAAUCACACCUUGUGACACACAAGAGAACCCACACAGGGGAGAGGCCAUACAAAUGCACCAAGUGCGGGAAAAGUUUCAUUGAAAAGUCUAAACUGAACAGACACCAGAGGACCCAUAAGGAAAAAGAAAUUUACGAAUGCUCAGAAUGUGGGCGAAUAUUUAGCAUUAGAUCCAACCUCAUUCGGCAUGAAGCAGCCCACAGAGGAGAGAAAUCAUACAUGUGCUUCAGCUGUGGAAAAAGCUUCAACCAGUCCUCUAAGCUAAUGAGGCACGAAAGGAUUCACACCGGGGAGAAACCCUACUCCUGUACAGAUUGUGGGAAGAGCUUCAGCCAGACCUCAGAACUGCUCAGGCAUGAGAGAAUCCAUACUGGUGAGAAACCUUAUAAAUGCUCCAUUUGUGGGAAGUGCUUCAAUCGGAGAUCACACCUCAAUACACACAAAGUAACCCAUAUUGGAGGCCAGCCGUACAAACGGCCAGAUGGCGAAGCAAGUUGUCAUCCUAGUUCACUCUGUAUUACAAGGAUGUAUCCACCGGAGCAGAUUUUAACAAGGGAGCAACCUUAUAAAUGCUUGGACAGUGGAGAGCUAUACAGUCCUGGCUCGCUCCUUAUUGCCAGUCUGAAUCCACGUGGUCAAACACACACAGGUGACCAGCUGUAUAAAUGGUCAAACAAUGAAACCAGCUACAGCCAUUGUUCCUUCCUCAUUGCAAAUAUGAAUCCUCAAGACAGGAUAAUUACCAGGGACCCAUCCUAUAAAUGCUCAGGUUGCAAAGACAGUCACAAUCAUAGCCCUCUCCUUAUACCCAGUGUGGAUGCUCAGGAGGACAUCCUUGAAAGAUGCCAGUCAUAUCAGUGCCUCAGUGGCAAUGGAAGUUAUGGUGAUACCUCAGUCGUUAUAACAGCCGGGAGCUCCUUCCAAGAAGAGAAAGUGUUUAAAUGCUCUGAGUGCGGAAAGAGCUUCAAAUGGAGAUCUCACUUUAUUCGGCACAAGAGAAUCCACACAGGUGAAAAACCGUAUCAUUGUGCAGAAUGUGGGAAAAGCUUCAACCGGAGAUCGCACCUUGUUAGGCAUGGGAGAACUCACGUGGGGUUGAAACAGUACCUUCAUGCUGGGGAAGAGGCCUCAGUGGAGGAUCUGUUACAUGCAAGUGAAUCCAGACAGGAGAGUGAUCAUAUGAAUACACCGUCCAAAGGAGGAGUGCCCGUUGUGGCUCACACUGUAUUACACACCAGAGAAUUUGUACAGGAGACAGAUCUUGUGACAGUUCAGUGAUAUUGCAUACAUACAUGAUUAAACAUAAAAAGAACCUUUUCUAGGAGAAGAACUCUAUAUAGGAAAAGUGCCUGGUAGACAUCUAGUCUUGGAAGCUUCAGGACACUCAUUGCAAAGACUUAAUGGUCCUCGUUCACACUCACACACGCACAGAGCAAAUGAGAUGGUGAAAUCAUUCCUCGACUGUAGCACUCAAAAGGGAGGAAAGCACAAGGGGGACAGGAUUUCUAUGGAUUUCCUACCACACUGUAUUUUGCAGGUGGCACAGGGGGCUGCAGAAGAGUGGGGGGGAGUGGGUUGAGAAGAUCAGUUCUUUGAGUAGUUUGGCUCUGACCCAUUAAUAAUACAAUUUUCCCACCCAUAGAAAAAGGGCAUAUAAAGAAUUCAGCCUUCUCCCUGAUCUUCUAAUUUUGUCUGUACAUGGAUACAGUGAAUUUUUUUUUGUCACGGGUUAGCAUUCAGCUAUGCAGUUUCUCAUCUGCUCUCUGCAGUGGUCCAGGAACUAUUUUAACUCUUCGUUUACAGUUUGUAUGAUUUUUAGCCCCCUUAGUCAUGCUCAGACUGGAGAAGGAGUUUCAUUUAAAAUUCAGGUCUUGCAGAAGAACUUCACACUGGAGAACCCAUCACCUGAUUUGCUACAACAUUGGGCUGUGGAAAAAGCUUCACUCUGAAAUCAAGUCUUAUUAGCCGCAAGAUGACCCAUUUGGAGAAGGCAGCUUAUAAAUGUCAUA